AUGGGAAAAGCAGACAAAAAGAGACUGUCGCACCAGAACAGCCCAGUGGGUGACUCAAAUAGUCAGAUGAACAAGGUGUUCAAGUUCAACACCGACUUGGGUCAGCAUAUCUUGAAGAACCCUCUGAUAGCGCAAGCCAUCGUGGACAAGGCGAAUAUAAGGCCUUCAGACACUGUUCUGGAGAUUGGUCCAGGUACGGGUAACUUAACUGUUCGUAUUCUGGAACAGGCAAGAAAUGUGGUAGCAUGCGAAGUGGAUCCCAAGAUGGCUGCUGAGCUGACGAAGAGAGUGCAAGGCACUCCUCAACAGAAAAAGCUGGAGAUAGUCAUGGGUGACUUUAUGAAGCACGAGACUUUACCAUACCAUGAUAUUUGCAUAUCUAAUACUCCUUAUCAAAUUUCCUCGGGGAUUGUGUUCAAAUUGCUGAGUUUGCCAAGACCGCCCAGAGUGUCAGUUCUGAUGUUCCAGAGAGAGUUCGCAAUGAUCUUGACAGCCAGACCUGGCGAUGCGCUGUACAAUCGUCUGAGUGCCAAUGUUCAGAUGUGGGCCAAUGUCAAACACAUCAUGAAGGUUGGCAAGAACAAUUUUAGACCACCACCAAAGGUUGAAUCCUCGGUGGUCAGAAUCGAGGUCAAACACCCAAGACCCAACAUCGAUUUCAACGAGUGGGAUGGUCUUCUGAGAUUCUGUUUCAACAGAAAGAACAAAACUUUGUCUGCAGUUUUCAAGAACUCGAAGGUUCUGGAGAUUCUCGAGACCAAUUACAAGACCUUCCUUGCCGUGCUGUCAGCAGAGAGAGGCGGUAUGGAAGUUGAUGAUAAAGCUGACCUCAGUGCGCUGGUCAAGGAAAAGGUGGAGAAGGUGUUACAGGAAACUGGAUUUGGCGAGAAAAGAUCCAGUAAGUUGGACCAGACGGAUUUUUUGAAGCUUUUAUUUGCCUUCCACCAGGUGGGUAUUCAUUUUGCGUAG